AUGGGGACGAUCUUCAUUGAUGAUGCUUUUGCGAUCAUGUCGUGUCGAACAGACUCUUCUCUUUGGGCGACCUUCAUUCACGAAGGUCGCACAAAGCAACAAGCCUUUACCAGGGGAAUUGCACAGUUGCAGCUUCUCCGCAGGGCCUGCUACGAGAUCCAGGACUGGAAAGCCAGACUGCUCUUCAACUAUGUGAACUUCGGAGCCGCCCCACCGUCAGCGAGACAGGCCACCUCCGGUGCCUUGAAGGGCGUGGAUGUGCCCAGCGCCACCGGCCUACUCGACCUUUCCACGACCCUCACCGGAUGCUCACGACGCUUCGACGGCGCCAAGGUUCAAAGGAGAGAGAUUCGACAAGUGGAAGUCAAUGACGAAGUCUUGUCCGCCGCAUUGCAAUGUCCGGGAGAGCUCUGGGACAAGUUCUCACGUGAUGUUUAUCGAGAGGAGCUGCGAGGUGAAUAUGUCUUCGUUCAGACGGAGUUGCAGGACCAUCGGGAAGACUAUCACGCGGACGGGUCCGAGUCUGAUGACGAGGCAGAGGAGCCCCUGGAAGAGCCCGCCAACUGGGGCUUCUUAGAGAAGCUCUUAGCCAGGGGAUUGGACUUCGCCAACCUCGCCGAAGCUUGGCUCCGAGGGGACGAGGCACCGAACGCCUUGCGUCGCGUUGUACUCGCAUACUCCACGGGUCGUCGUUUGGGAUGCUUCGUCAACGGCCAGACGUGGACGUUGGUGAGUUUCGACCUGGAUGAGUUGGAUGUGUAUUGGAAUACAGGGGUCUUAGGUCGACCAUACCAUCCCUCCGUGGGCGGCUUCCGAGCCUUCGAGCCCCUGCAGGGCGAGGCGGACGAGACCUCCGGUUCGGUGAAGAGGGGCGGUCUCGUUGUUGAAGAGGUGAGGAGGGCUCCGCGCCUCCGAGCUGGUCGGGAGCGAAAAAGUCACGGUGAGGGAGAUGCGAAGAAAUCCACCAGUCAGACGGAAUCCACGCAGAAUCGGGCAGAAUCCUUGGGCAUUCCGGAGGUUGUGGCUCCAACGUCCCUCCGGGCGGUGGCAGCGCUGCUGGUCCGAGGCACCGAGAAAUCGUUGAAAGCACCGGGUGAGGAGGUGCGUGGACCCAUUCUGGUCUUGUACAAAGUCGAGCUCCAUCAAUGCUGCCGCCUGAGACGAGUUGACGGGCUCAAGCCCGAGGUUUAUGUGGGAGGUGUUGGCGCCACUUAUGUGGCCUUGCCAGGGGCACUGCUGGGCGACAGUGUCAACAAGGCCGGCUUCGGCCAGCACCAGUUUCGAGUUGAUCACCACCGGAGAAAGCUGGUGGAACCCAGUGGGUGCUCCGGGCGUCUCCUGCGGCUGAGGGCCUCCUCCAAGAAGCAAGCGGCGCCGGACGAGCCCAGAAGGGAGACGGCCGUGGUGUUGUGGAGGUCCUGGAAGUCGGUCCUGGAGGAAGUGGCCAGCCGUCCAGGCGCUGGCUACUUGACCGUGUCAGGUCUGGUUCUCAGCCCCGUGGAACUGUGGUUCGCCUUGUGGCCAGCCUUCACGCGCGCCGCGUGCCGUGCGAAGAGUGCGUGCCGAGCCAGGUGGAGUGCCUACAACGCCGGGCACGGGGUGGAGCUCAAUGACGAUGAGAACGUCGCGAAACGCAAGGAUCACUACAGCCGUGCGGAGGGACACUGCAUCGUGGUGUCCGACGACCCCGUCCAGUCGAAGGAAGGGCCUGGAGGGCGGGACUAUUACGCGGAAAUCAAGAUGGAGUGGUUCAAGCCUCCAUCUCCCCCGUCUCUUUCCUCCGCUAUGGAGCCCAGCGUGGUGGGCGUGCCCACCAGCGCAGCCCCGCCUGCGCCGCCCGCGCGCGCCACGCCAGAGAUUGAGGAGAGGCUGGUGCAGCUGAUGGCUUCGAUGGAGCCCUUAAGGCCGGAGAUCUUGCGUUGCACCUGUGCGUUUCGUGCCCUGAAGGGCCUGCAGGCCAAGAGCUUGCGCAGCCGUGUGAACCCUAAGGUCGCUUACUCGUGGAGUCAUGAAACCAAAGACAUCCAGCAGUUCUGGUCGCACAGUUGGCGUAGAAGCGGCUGGUCGAAGAUCUUCAUGCUCGCGGUGAUGCACAAUGGUUUUCCAGCUCUUUGCUGUGGUACCCUGACGGCCAUCAGCGUGUCCAUCCUCUUUCACGUGUUUUCCGAGCCAGUGAAUGAAGAGAUUGGAGACAGUCUCAGGGAACAGUAUACUGCUGCUUUGUCAGUGGGACGAGUUGCCGGGCUCAUCAGCAACUUCAGCGCCAUGCUGGUGGGUGCUCUUUGCUUGGCCUACUGGAGGUGUCAGAAGACUGUCUUUUUGGAUAUGGUGUGCAUCCAUCAGAAGGAUUCAGCACUGAAGAUGGCAGGUCUCGUCAGCAUGGGAGCCUUUCUGAAGGAGUCCAACUCCAUGCUGGUUUGCUGGGAUGCCACCUACAACCAUCGGCUUUGGUGUCUCUUCGAAUUGGCAGCCUUUCUCAAGAGCCGCGGUAAUUCUACUGCAAGGCCCUUGGUGGUUCGACCCACUGCCCUGGGCCCGGUGGCGCUGGGGUUGUUCACGGGUCUCUCCUUGGGAAUCAUGUCCCUCUUGCUGGUGCCCCGUGCCGGCUCCAGUGCAUCCACAAUCACUCUGCGGAUCCUGGUGCUCUUGGGGGUUUUCCUCCUGGUCUUGCGGUUCCCAAUCCGCUACCUGCGGAGCUUCUACCGUUCCAUCGACACCAUGCGCGAGCAGCUCCAAAGCUUUCGCGUCACAGACGCCACCUGUCACUGCUGCACCGUGGACCACAGGGGUGGCGCGAUGCAUUGCGAUCGGGAGGUGAUCCAGCAGUGCCUGGUGCAAUGGUUUGGGUCCAUUGAGAACUUUGAGAAGUCCGUUCAAACCAAUGUCUCUGAAGCUUUGCUUCACCAAUUGGGGUACUUCUCCUUCCCCAUCAGUUGGAUGCUCGCGUGUGCUGCCCCCGUCACCUGGUCCUUUCUUCCCUAUGCCAUCCAAGAGCCGUUGUUCGGCACCUUGUUUAUUUUUGCCUGGACCUUCGCGGUCCCCACCAUCUUCAUGAUCGCCAGCUCCAGCAGCUACCUCCUGCGCCGCCCGCGCGCCUCGCGCCUGGGCGACGCGGUGGUGAACGUGGCGUGUGUCUUCAUGUGCGCUGGCAGUUACCUUGCCAUGGAGUCGUAUGUUGGCUUGCUGUCGGCCACACUGAACUAUUGGCAGGGUAUUUUGACUUUUGCUUCCACCAUGCUUCUUGCCAUGGCCGCUGCCUAUGGCAGCUGGGCGGGCUGCGGCGCCUAUGGCCGCUGCCUUUGGGCGCGCUCGAGCGGCCGCUUUGGCGAUGUGGAGGAUUCAAGUGCUACGGAUGAAUGGGUUGGAGAGGCACCCAAUCCCAAUGCUGCAGUGACGGCGAUGCUUGAAUCGGUUGGAGAGGCACCCAAUCCCAAUGCUGCAGUGACCAUACAGUUGUAAGCGCUGACGGCCAUUGUAGUUGUAGCCUUUUGGUCAUUGACAUGGUCUCGGUAGCCGGUCUCG